UACGUUUUUUCCCCGCCAGGGCCUCCCGCGUAGGCCAAGCUACCCGAGCCUGAGUGCGUCCCGGGCUUUCCUAAACUGACACUCGCAGGGAACGUUCCGAGUCCUCCGGGAAAGGGCUUUUCCGCGUGGCAAGGCCGGAGGGAAGAGGGAGAAAAAGGAAAAGUGGCUAUUGCUGUUCUGCUUGUGCUGGGCCCUCGUAGUGUGCUUUCACUGACGGAGGCUGAGGCGGGCUGCCUCUUGAAAUAUUACAGCCAUGACUAAGAGAGAAGCAGAAGAACUGAUAGAAAUUGAAAUUGAUGGAACUGAGAAACAGGAGUGUACUGAAGAAAGCAUCGUUGAGCAGACUUACACCACUGCAGAGUUUGUGAGUCAGGCUAUUGAUAUCAAUGAACCAGUUGGAAAUCUUAAGAAACUUUUGGAACCAAGACUUCAGUGUUCCUUGGAAGCACAUGAAAUCUGCCUCCAGGAUAUACAGCUGGAUCCAGAUCGCAGUCUCUUUGAUCAAGGUGUCAAGACAGAUGGAACGGUGCAACUUAGCGUCCAAGUAAUAUCUAGGCAAGGAAUAGAGCCCAAGUUAAACAUCCUUGAAAUUGUAAAGCCAGUAGAAACCGUUGAGGUAGUUAUUGACCCAGAUGCUCAUCAUACUGAAACUGAAGCACACCUUGUUGAAGAAACUCAAGUGAUAACGCUGGAUGGAACAAAGCAUAUUACCACCAUAUCUGAUGAAACAUCUGAACAAGUAACUCGAUGGGCUGCAGCAUUAGAAGGCUACCGGAAAGAACAGGAACGCUUAGGAAUUCCUUAUGAUCCAGUACAGUGGUCAACUGACCAGGUCCUGCACUGGGUCGUAUGGGUGAUGAAGGAGUUUAGCAUGACAGAUAUAGACCUCAAUACUCUUAGCAUUCCUGGGAGAGAGUUGUGCAGUCUCAGUCAAGAAGACUUCUUCCAGAGAGUCCCACGUGGAGAAAUCCUUUGGAGCCACCUGGAGCUUCUUCGCAAAUAUGUUUUGGCUAGCCAAGAACACUCUGGAGAAAUUGCAACAGUUACUAUCGACCAACCUGUGCAGAUUAUUCCAGCAUCUGUACAACCUUCUACCCCAACCACCAUUAAAGUAAUAAACAGCAGUGCAAAGACAGCUAAAGUACAGAGAGCACCAAGGAUUUCAGGAGAAGACAGAAGUUCACCUGGGAACAGAACAGGAAAUAAUGGUCAGAUACAGUUAUGGCAGUUUUUGCUUGAGCUUCUGACAGACAAAGACGCUCGAGACUGCAUUUCAUGGGUUGGAGAUGAAGGAGAAUUCAAACUAAAUCAACCAGAACUAGUCGCACAGAAAUGGGGACAGCGUAAAAAUAAGCCCACUAUGAACUAUGAGAAACUCAGUCGUGCUUUGCGGUAUUACUAUGAUGGGGACAUGAUCUGCAAAGUACAAGGCAAGAGAUUUGUGUACAAGUUUGUCUGUGACUUGAAGACUCUAAUUGGGUACAGUGCAGCAGAGUUAAAUCGGCUGGUCACAGAAUGCGAACAAAAGAAACUGGCAAAGAUGCAGCUCCACGGCAUUGCACAGCCAGUUACAGCAGUCGCACUGGCCACAGCAUCACUGCAAACGGAAAAAGAUAACUAAGCACCAGAUCUGGAAAGCUUGGAAGCAUGAGGCCUUUCUUGUAUACUGAGCAGUUUCUGGUCUUUAAAUGGAAGUGACUUCUGUUCCUUGGCAGUUCAAUGAUGCAUGGUUUUUCUAUGAAGAACUGAGACGCCUAUGAAUUUGGAUCUUUUUCACUUAAAGGCAUAUAUUUCAUGUACAGUCAGGGCACUUCACAGUUUCCUUUACAUGAAGACAGACCUUUUUGUGGCAAGUAGUCCGGGAUUGGUAAGAAAAUCUGAAAUUGGUGGUUGUCAUGUCACACCCUGCUGAUAAUUUCCAAGCAUUAUACAAAAGUGAAGCAUCUAUACAACAUAAACUAGUUAAUAUGCUGAAUUUUAUUUUCUGUAUUUCUUUUUUUCUCAAACAGCCAGAUGGAAUGUAGUAUUUCCAUAUGUAGGGCAGGCUUUUGUUAACCAUGGUAGUCAUUGCCUAAGCAUGCAAAGUUGUAAAAAAUUUUUAAAAGCACUAUGAUGCUAAGGCAGUUUUUCUGUUCAUUAGCAAAAGAAGGGAAACAAAGGCAGAGCUGAAGAUCACUGCUGAGAAAGAGAUCCAACUUUAAGCUCAACAAGGUCAAAAACCAAUUAUGAGUAUUUUGAUAUAACAUGUAGAUAACAUGCACGUAUGAGGGAAAGUGCUUAACUAUCUUGAGAGACAUUGCUAAGCAUAUCUGGCACACAAAAAAUGGUUUUCCACAUUUUUCCUGUUGGGAGAUUAAAAACUUGAAAUAUUGUCUCUCAUCCAAAGAAUAGGUUUGGUUUUUGUUUUAACCUACCCUACAGUAUACAUUAGCUGGUGCUGUUUAUACUUGCAGUGUGGUAGACUUUGAACUGAAGACUUAAGUUAAUCACAGAGACCCCUUUCUGUUGAAAAACAAAAUGUAAACUGCAGUUAAAUUAAUAAAUGAAGUUUAACUUCCCAAGGUUUAUAUAGACUUUGAUAAUUAAAAUACAGAAAAGUGCAGUUUUUUCCUUUUAGUUACUUUGUUUUCAAGUUGUUGUUUUUGGGGGGCUUGGAAAUAAAAUAGUGUGUGUUGAGAGUAAACAAUACCUAGUUCAGUAAUUAGAUGCAUUUUUAAACCUGAUACCUAGAAAAUCCAAAGAUGCCUGAAAUAGUGCUUUAUGUGUUUUUCUUUGUUAGGAUCUUUUAAAUUCCACAUAAAGCCUGGACAAUACAUUUUGGAUUUUUUAUCUCUUCCCUUUCAUUUGUGUGAUAUAAAUACUAUGUUCUAAAUGUAUGCUUUUCACUGAAUUAUCGUAGAAGAACAAACUUAUUGGGAUGAGUUGUGGCAUUACCUAACAAUCAGUAAAAAUGUGGAUCAGGAGCUUCAUCCUUAUGAAUGCUCCAGAGUCAAAUGUUCUAAAGUCUGUCAGAGUAAUACAGUAGUAAGCACUAAAUAUAAAACAUGGCUUAGGGUAUGUCAGGCAACAAGUACAGUAACAUUAAGGAAUCUGUCAAUUUCCAAGUUUCUAGCUAUACUUGUUUAUCUUCAGAACAUUUAGGAAUGUUAAAAUUCAUAUAGGCAAGAUUAGAUUUUACAUUUUGGGUGAUAACCCUGUGCCCAUUAAUACAGUUCAGUCCAGUGGGUGAAACUUUCUGUAUUUAAUAGAACAUAGGCUUCCAGUUUAAGCUUCACUCGUUCUCAGUGCUAUUCCUAAAACUGUGUGAGAAUUUUGUUUGAGAUGAGAGAUAAACCUGCUUUAAUUAUAUAGCAAGAAUUGCUAUAGCAAGAAUCAAUGCGUAACAGGGAUAUUGGCAUAAAGCAAAGUAGUGACUAUACCUGAGAAUAUGACCUCCAGAAUUGUUUAUGCAAAACAAUGGAAGAUAAGUAGGUUCACUGAAAGGAAGCUUAACUCACCUUACUGGUUCAACUUUUAAAAAUGUGUUUGAAAUAUUCCAAACAUUGAUUUUUUUUUCUUUGUGAAAGAGGUGGCCUGUUAAUAUUGAGGGAGGUCAGAUUGAUCACAAAUACCUGCAUAAAUGCUAUACUAGAUACGCUCUUGGCUAUGCACAUACUAGAAUAAGCCAUAUUAGGAAACAUGGCAUAUGGCCUUUCUUUUAUAUACAUUGGAUUUUGUUUUCUAAACUUUAGAUUUUCAUUAUCUCCUUUAUAGGUUUGCUGCACUUCUUACAAUAUUUUCCCCAUUUAUAGAGUACUAAUGUGCUUUCAGAACAGUACAUGCUUGUCAAGUUUCUUGUGGGGACAAUCUGUGACUAAUUUGAGAUCUUCAGUAAGAGGUAUGGAUUAUAGUAUGUUUGGUGGCAUUGUGUGACUGUCGGAAGAAAAAUAUAGACAAUAUAUUCCCAAUUUUUGUAAGAUGGAGGGGUUUUGCAUACAUUUUUACUCUUUAC